AUGUCCCCAGGAGCUUGGUUGUGCUGGGCCUCACUCCUGCUCUUCUCCAGGCUCACCCAGCCUUGCCCUGUGGGCUGUGACUGCUUUGGCAGAGAGGUAUUCUGCUCUGAUGAGCAGCUGGCUGCCAUCCCGCCGGACAUCCCCUCACAUGUCACAGACAUCAUCUUUGUGGAGACUGCCUUCGCCACAGUGGGGACCAGGGCUUUCAGCGGUAACCCCAACCUGACCAAGGUGGUCUUCCUCAACACUCGGGUCCGUCACCUGGAGCCAGAUGCCUUUGGGGGACUGCCUCGGCUGGAGGACUUGGAGGUCACGGGCAGCCGCUUCUCCAACUUCAGCACCGACAUCUUUUCUAACCUGAGCUCCCUGGGGAAGCUCACGCUGGCCUUUGACAGGCUGGCCGCUGUGCCUGAGGACCUCUUUCACUGCAUGGACACCCUGCAGUCCCUCCAGCUUCAAGGAAAUCAACUCCAGACCUUGCCCAGGAGACUAUUCCAGCCUCUGAGGUAUCUGAGAACCCUCAACCUGGCCCAGAACCUCCUGACGCAGCUCCCCGAGGGGCUGUUCCAGUCACUCACCAGCCUACAGAUACUAAACUUGAGUAACAACCUGCUUGCCAGCCUCCCCGAGGGCACGCUGGCCACUCUGGGCAGCCUGCAGGAGCUCUUUCUGGACAGCAACGCCAUCACAGAGCUUUCCCCAUGGGUGUUCUCACAGCUUCUGAGCCUGGAGAAGCUGUGGCUGCAGCACAACGCCAUCGGCCACCUGCCGGACUCUCUAUUCUCCUCUCUGCACAACCUGACCUUUCUAAACCUGAAGGGCAACGCACUGCGGACUCUGCCUGCUGGUCUCCUCACCCACAACCCAGGCCUGCUUUACCUGUCUCUUUCCCACAACCAGCUGGAGUCCAUCACAGAGGGCACCUUCGCCAACCUGUCCUGCCUUGUUUCCCUCACACUCGCACACAACGCCAUUACCUACCUUCCUGGGGAUAUUUUCAGGGACCUCAAACAGUUGGUUAAGCUCUCGCUGGAGAGCAAUAACCUGACGGCCUUGCAUCCAGCCCUCUUUUACAACCUGUCCAAGCUUGAGCUGCUCAACUUGUCAAGGAACCAGCUGACCACACUCCCUGGGGGCAUCUUUGACACCAACUACGACCUCUUCAACCUGGCCUUAUUUGGCAACCCCUGGCAGUGUGACUGCCAUCUAUCUUACCUCACCAGCUGGCUCCGCCUCUACAAUGACCGGAUCUUCAACACCCAUACUUACUGCGAAGGCCCGGCCUAUCUCAAGGGCGGGUUGGUGCCAAACUUGAGGCAGGAGCAGCUGAUAUGCCCAGUCAACCCAGGCCACUUGAGUUUCCAGGCCCUGGGGCUACAUGACAGGGAGCCAGUGGGUAGUUGGGAUCUGGUAGUGGAGGGGAAGUUACCCCACAGCCAGUGUAUCUACAGCAACCCUGAGGGCACCGUGCUGCUCGCCUGUGAGGAGGCCCAGUGUCGCUGGCUGAACAUCCAGUUGGCUUCCAGGCAGGGUUCAGACUCCCCAGCAAUGGCCUACAAUUCCAGUCAGGAGUGGGAGCUGAGGUCAAGCUGUGGUUCCAUGAGGGUCACUGUGUCUAUUGAGGCUCAGGCUGCAGGGCCCUAGG